UAAGGCAGCUUGAUUACGCGUUUUCAUCUUUGGGUAUUUCUUUACUACACAGUCACAUUCGAGUACUCUUUUGCAGACCCUUAUCCCUUUUUGCUUCUAAUUCACUUCUCUCUCUCUCUCUCUCUCUCUCUCUACCAAUUGUUUUUUCAAGUUGCUUGUUUUUGUAUUUGUCUGCUCGACUGAGUCAACCAGGUUAGGUGGUUGAACUAUUCUCAAGAAGCUGAUUCUAUUCCCAUUUUGGGGCUUGGGUUUUUCAUUUGAUUGCCUUUCUUGGCUGAGAGAAUUGGUUUCUGAUGAAAUGAAAGUGUUUUGGAGAUCUAAAAAUCGGUUCUUGGCAGCAUUUGCUUUGUGCUGCCUUUUCCUCCUCAAUUUCAGUUUUUGCUGCUCUCUCAAUCAUGAAGGUGUGGCUUUGCUGAAAUUUAAAGAAGAAAUUGUGAGUGAUCCACAUGGAGCUUUGUCAAAUUGGAUUGAUGAGAUUGGAUUGGAGAAUCCUUGUUCUUGGUCUGGUGUUGGCUGCUCAAAGGGAUAUGUUGUUGAUUUGAACCUCAAAGAUCUUUGUUUGAGAGGUACUUUGUCUCCUCAUAUUGGGAUCCUAAUUCACUUGAAAUCUCUAAUUCUGCGAAACAACUCGUUUUCGGGUGUGAUCCCUGAAGAAAUCACACACAUAAAAGGAUUGGAGGUGUUGGAUGUUGGAUAUAACAACUUCAGUGGGAAGCUUCCUGGUAGUCUAGGCAACAAUUUCUCGAUGACACUUCUUUUGCUCGACAAUAAUGAGCGUAUUAGUGACAUAAGUCCUGAGGUUUACGAGCUUCAGAAGCUGUCCGAAUCUCAAGUGGAGGAGGGCUUGCUGUCGAGAUCCAACGAGGCAGCUUGUGAAAGCUUACUUACGUCAUGGACUUCCUGGGAAAAACGAGACGUUGGAGAGCGAAAAUUGUUACAAGAAAACCCGACUAAGAGACGAGAGCCCUUCAGGUUCAUUAUUCCACCAACCCCUGCCCGAGAGGUUCUACCACCACCAACUCCGGAUCCAGAUUUAGCUCCGCCACCAAUUUCAACUCCGGCUCCUGAUCCUCUGACUCCUAUACCUGCUCCUUCCGUGCCCCAGUCUCCCCCGCCUGUGCAAUCACCGCCUUCCUCUUCCUCUUCCCCUCCCGCUAACAAUAACUCUCGAACAAUAUUUCCAGAAGCAGAGAAUCGAACGAGCCCAGCAGCACCAGCUAAAAGUGGUGGAAGGAAUCACACACUUGUAUUGGUUGGAUCAAUUGGUGGUUCUCUGUUGCUUUUGCUUGUAGUUAUUGGCGUCGUCUUCUAUCAAUAUGGUAAGGUUUCGACAGUCAAGCCAUGGGCAACGGGGUUAAGUGGACAGCUGCAGAGAGCAUUUGUAACCGGUGUUCCAAAGCUCAAGAGAUCCGAACUUGAAGCUGCUUGUGAAGACUUUAGCAACGUGAUUGGUUCAGCUUCGAUUUGUACUUUCUACAAGGGCACGUUGUCGAGUGGAGUUGAGAUAGCAGUCGCUUCCGUUGCCAUGUCAUCUGCAAAGGACUGGUCUAGCAAUCUCGAAAGCCAGUUCAGGAAGAAGAUUGACUCGCUAUCGAAAGUGAAUCACAAGAACUUCGUCAGCCUACUCGGUUUCUGUGAGGAGCAGGCGCCCUUCACGAGAAUGAUGGUUUUCGAGUAUGCUCCCAACGGGACUCUGUUCGAGCACAUUCACAUAAAAGAAGCCGAACACUUGGACUGGACAACGCGACUGAGAAUCGCGAUGGGAAUCGCGUACUGCCUCGAGCACAUGCACCAAUUAACACCUCCGUUAGCUCACAAAAGCCUGACCUCCUCGUGCAUCUAUCUAACCGAAGACUACGCUGCCAAAGUGUCGGACAUCGCCUUCUGGGACGAGGGCGCUGCAGCAGCAGAGAGGCAAAUGGAUCCACAGAGCAACGUCUACAGCUUUGGCGUGAUACUGUUCGAGAUGAUCACGGGCAGGCUCCCGUACACCGCGGGUAGCGACACUCUCGAAGACUGGGCGUCCGACUACCUCAGGGGAACGCAACCGCUGAGGGAGAUAGUCGACCCGACUCUGGGAACGUAUCGGGAAGAUCAGGUCGAAGAGAUCGGUGAGGUGAUCAGGUGGUGCGCGGAUGAGAGGCCGUCGAUGAAAGAGGUGUGCACGAGGCUGAGAGUGAUCACCGGGAUAGGGCCGGAUGGGGCCGUCCCGAAACUGUCGCCGCUCUGGUGGGCGGAGCUUGAGAUUCUGUCGACUGAGGCCAACUAAGGUGGGAGAUGGAAUUGAGAGAGGCAUUGUUUGUUAUGUUUAUUGCCUGUUGAGGGAAGCUUCUUGCUUUCUCUUGGUGUAAAUUCAAGUGCUAUGUAGUAAGGUGGUUAAUAUAAGUAUUAUAUAUAAAUAUGUGGUUUUUUAAAUUUUUUGGUGAAAGGUGUGAACUGAGGUUUGCAUAGCUAUUAAAUUAUGAUAAUAAGAAAUUAAGUUACUUUGA